AUGGCGUCGCUCCUGGCGGCGAACGCGCUGGAGAACUUCGAGGAGCUCGGCGCGAGCGACGACGACUCGGAGAGCGACGACGGGGCGCCGCGGUGCCGCAUCUGCUACGAGACGGGCGGCGUGCUCCUGCGGCCCUGCGCCUGCGACGGGUCCAUGGCCUUCGUCCACGGCGCGUGCCUCGGGCGGUGGCUCGCCGCGCAGGCGCCCACGGGCGUGUCGCGGACCUGCGACGUCUGCCGGAGCCCGUGGCGGGUCGUCUCGGAGCCGACGGUCGGCCGCUUCGUCCGGUCCCUCGUCUUCGGCGGCCGGGGCGCGGACGCCGUCGCGCGGCUGCUCCGCCACGUGAGCGAGCCGCGGCACGUGCGCGUGCACUGGGAGGGCGACGACGACGACGACGACGACGACGACGACGACGACUUCGACGACGACGAGGGAGACGACGACGACGACUUCGCGCCGCGCGGCGCGGCCUGGGAGGCGGCGGCGCUCGGCCUCGCCGGGCUUUUUGCCGCACGGCGGCCUCGUCACGCGCCAACGACGCCGACCAUGACCGAUCCCGACCCGUCGGAACUUCCGUUUCAAGAGAGGCGGGAAAUUGUAUCACAGGGGCGAUGGGUUAGAUCCGCGGACGCACCGCUCGAGGUGCCGCCGCUCGUCGCGGAGGUCCCGGAGGUCCAGGACGAGGAGGACGAGGAGGCCGAGGAGUUCGUCGAGCCCGCCGCCGAGGCGCCCGCGACGCCGCAGGAGGCCGAGUCGCGCGAGGACGGCCAGGGCGCCGAGGAGGAGGCGUUGAUGGAGGAGAUCGGCGUCGAGGAGUCCAAGGAGGAGCCGCCGGGCGUCUCGGCCGACGAGCCGCGCGAGCUCGCCGCCGAGGCGCCCGGGACGCCGCCGCGGAGCGUGCUGCUGCUGCCGCCGACGAUGUUUACGCCGCGCGUCCAGGAGGCGUCGACGACGGCGACGGUGCCGACGGUCGUCGCGCAGAACCUCGUCUCGGCGUGGACGCCGCGGUCGCCGUCGGUCGUCGCGUCCGAGGCCGAGCGGACGAUCUGCGCCGCCGUCGCCUCCGCGCCGCCGCACUACCGCCAGAUGCACACGCGCGAGGUGCUCGCGAAGGUCCCCGGCCACCACCGGCCGCUCCGGGACUGGACGAACGUGCCGCGCGCGGACGCGGGCAAGCCCCGCGGCACGUCCGUCGUCACCGCGCUCGACUCGGGGUCGCUCACCAACACGGGCGCCUUCGAGGGCGACUCGCCGCGGUCCGAGACGCUCCGCCGCUUCGAGGAGGCCGAGGCCGCGGCCGAGGCCGCGGCCGCGGCGACCGCGGAGGCCGCCGCGGCCGAGGCCGCCGACGCGGCGGCGGCCGCCGCCGCCGCCGACGCGGCCAACGCCGCCGAGGCGACCGCGACCGCGGAGGCCGCCGCGGCCGACGCCGCGGCCGAGGCCGGCGUCGAGGCCGCCGAGCCCAAGUCGGCCGCCGAGGCCGCGCCCGAGGCCGCGCCCGAGCCGGCCGCCGCGCCGCUCCAGGUCGUCGAGGAGGUCGUCGCGCCGCCGCCGCCCGCGAACGUGGCCACGCGGGCGGAGUCGGACGUGGCGCCGGAAGCGCCGGACGCUACGGCGCCGCCGCCGCCGCCGCUGCCGCGGCACUCGGCGCCGCGCCGCGGCCUGCGCAGCAAGAUUGGCCGGGCCAAAACCCGCGGCGACGCGGAGGACGGCCCGGACUUCGACGCGCUCAUGAAGAAGUUCUUCUAG